AUGGCAGCCCGCACUACGCUAGACCGAGUUUCUCCGACUAAGAAGUACCUGGAGCGGCUAUACCUUCACUUCUUCGAUAUAGACUACCCGAGUGUGUGCCACAUUGGGCUGCCCUUAUCCAUAGUACCGUUCCCACUGUUCCAGUAUCAGGCCAAACUGGCAGCCCGGGUGUAUGCAGAGAAGGUGCAGCUACCUACACUGGGACAGAUGGUCCAAGAGAGGGCAGCUGAGGAGCAGAUAGCGCUGGACUGGGCAGCGAGUGAGGCCCAAAACACUGAGGUAGAGGUGCAAGAUGAGGACUUAGUGGAUCCGUUGAACAGAGUACACCACUUCAACCCACCAGGAAAGCCCCACAAGCAGUUCGACUACUGCGAUGCGAUAGCGGACAUGUGCAACGGAGGCCCGGCAGUGGGUGUCAGUGCGUCUGCGACAGACGAGACAAGGGACAAGCACAAGGACGCGUGCACCGACGCAGCUCACAACACCCCACUGCACCUGCACCCGCAUAAGGGGACAGGGACAGGGCAGGGCAGUGCGCUAGUAGGCGAGGACAACGCACCCACAGCGGCGAGCGCUUCUCCCAAUGGGACCAAUGGGACUGUGAGUGGUGCAGCGCCUGUUGAGCACACUCCGCCGUAUUUCAAAGACUUGUUCGCUAGCGCGAAGGAGGAGCGGUUUGCGCUGUUGGGGUUUUAGCCCUCACCAUCACACUCUGAAGCGACGACAUUGCCUUAGUGCCGCACGGGUACUGUACUCUAGUGAUCUGCGUUGCUCAGGGUUCUAGGGUUUAUGGUUUAGGGCUUCAAAGUGGUCAUACUAGUGUCGCUGUCAUAUUGCGUCUAGUGCAGAGGCGGUUAAUUGUUAACAUAGAAUGAAAAACUCAUCCCAACAACUGAUGCGAUAUCGAAUGGUCCGUUGAGAUUGGAUCACACACAACGAACUAGUGCAGUUCAUUGAGUGAACCAAAUAAACACAGAAAACGAACUAGUACAGCUGUAGCUGAUAAACCAACAUUCCUUCCUCGUUUGCGCCUCAUGCGAUGCACUUCACUUAUCAAGUCAUUCACUAACACAGACAACUCCACACGGCCAAAGGAGUGGCAGAUGAACAACACAUUGCCAGAUAGGUGGAUCAUGCGGUUCGAAGCGCCACUGAUUGAAGUCUGAGAUCUAGAUAUAAAACUCAACUCCUAAUACAUCGAACCGACCUACAGUACAAUCGAUGCAGUAGGCAGCUUUGAUACAGAUAUGCAGCACGAGCGUACGACGGGCACUGAUUCUUCGUGAACAAUCAGAUGUUUAACUGAUACAGCUACAGACACCUAUACAUAUCUGAUGCGUCCGAUUAGGGGUUCAGGGCUUCAGUUUUAGGGUUUAGGGUUUUAGAGAAAUCGGUGGAUUCAAGCUUUAGCGCAGAGAUACGAAAACGGUAAAGAUAACUUCGGAGAAAGUAACCACGAAAGACAAACGAAACUCUGCCAAUUG